AAUUUAUUAUAGUAUACGUCUCAACUCUUGUUAGCCUCUGUGUGUGAAUGACGACAUGGUUUGUAAUUAGAUGAACAUAUUACAUUAUAAUAUUUUUUUUUAAAUAAAGAAAAGCGUAUAUUGUAAUUUCUAACUAGCUGAGUAUGGGGAUUCCCUUGCUUGUUCAGCAGGCGGGAGUCUGUAGGCUACUACACAGAUACUGGUAUUUAGUCACGCGCAAGCAGUGGUGUAGUGUAGUAGUGACAGCUUGAGGGUUGUCGAGAAAAAAAAGUGUAACCAGAUAUAGGUGGCCUCUGCUAAAUGGAUAUCCUGCAAUCCAACUGAUUAUUUAGCUUCUUGUAGUUUGCCUAGUCAUGCACAUACUGUAACUAAGUCUGGAGCUGCUCAAACCUGCUGCUUCAUAUCUGUGCGAGCGUGCCUUGCAGAGCUGAGGGAAGCGCGAGCGGAAGCAACGGUUGUCGGAGCGCGAUCAGACCAACAAGUGGUGUCGUUGGAAGCGGCUCUCGUGGCAUGACUACUACAAACAAGGGAAACAAAGCCUUGAAGGUGAAGAAGGAGCCAGGGGAGAAUGGGACCAGCCUCACGGACGACGAACUGGUGACCAUGUCUGUCCGGGAGCUCAACGCUCACCUCCGCGGCCUCACCAAGGACGAAAUCCUGCAGCUCAAGCAGCGGCGGCGCACCCUGAAGAACCGUGGCUACGCCGCCAGCUGCCGCGUCAAGCGGGUCACCCAGAAGGAGGAGCUAGAGAAGCAGAAGACGGCGCUGCAACUGGAGGUGGACAAGCUGGCCACAGAGAACGCCACGAUGAAGGUGGAGCUGGACUCGCUGCGCUCCAAGUACGAGGCCCUGCAGAGCUUCGCCAGGACUGUGGCGCGCAGCCCGGCCAUAGCCUUAACCCCAGGGGGUCGGGGGGUCAUGGGGCCCCUGGUCCCUGGGAAGGUGGCCACGGCCACCAGCGUCAUCACCAUCAUCAAGUCCAAGACGGGAGCCAGGUCGUAGUAUCGGGGCUGGGCGGCGUGGAGAGUUAUCAGACUAAUGAAACAACGAGUACUAUAGUCAGUGUAUCAUCAUGGAGCACAGGAUUAGUUCCCUUGUCUGUCUUUGGGCCAGAACACACAACACAACCCCCCCCAGACCUUUGUACCAGCUAGUAACACUCUUUCAAUUGGCCAGCAGCAGAGGCCACACCAACCCUUAUCAGACAGCCUUUAGUAGUAUAAACCAUACUUCCAUUCUGCCUUGGCACUGUACAAGCAGAAAUACAUACACCAGAGGAGGCUGGUGGGAGGAGCUAUAGGAGGACGGGCUCAUUGUAAUGGCUGGAAUGGAAUAAAUGGAACGGUAUCAAUCAAAUGGAAAGCACAGGUUUGACUCUGUUCCAUGAAUUCCAUUCCUUCCAUUACAAUGAGCCUCCGCUGGACUAUACACAUCCUUCCUCUAUAGUCUAUUUUCACAUACUGAUUCCAAAAGGUUAAAGGUCACGUGAGUCCAGGAAGGUCGUACGACGCAGCCCAAUCCAUAAUUGAUGUCACUCCAUCUGGUGUUGGAAGUCGAGCUCUCGAUGGAGUUGUGUGUUACUGUACAUGGUACUAAGUGUUUGAGUGUUUGUUUGUUUCCUACAGGCCCCUCUUUGAGUCUUUUCCGUCCCGACGGGGUUUUGAUGUGGAAAUGCACUCUUUCAUAACUACUAGCCACCAACAGUCUAGCCACACCCGGUUGGCAUUAUGCUUCACGUUCUUAGCCCUCUCUCUGUAUCACAAGUGGAGAAAGAGUGAUUGCAGUUAGCAACAAGCCUGGGCCUGUUAGAAUGCACUGACUAUUAGAAGAGGGAAAUGCACUGUAUGGUAUUGAUGUCUUGUGAGCAACCUUCAGUAAGGACUAGUAACUCACCCAUCAGACCAGGACAUGUGAUUUUAGUUGGUCAAAAAAACUAAACAGGAAACUCUGUUAAGUUGAGCAUUUAUUUAGGUUCAGGUCAACCUGUCACAGAAUUUUACCAACAGGAGAUGCAAUAAUACACACAUGCACUGAAAAAUAGGCAGUUACAUAGUUUAAUGUAAGUGGAAUGAGUCCAUCUGAUCUGCAAAAUAAUACGAUAGCCUACUUGGUAUGGGAUGAUAAUUAUUAUAAUAAUAAUAGGUGUGAUGUUGGAGUUGACAAUGCCAUUCCAGGAUUACAAGAUGGUUUCUUUCUCCAGUAUCUGAGAAGCAGAAUGUUUUUACAAGAUCUUGUGAUGAUUAUGCUUUGGGAGGACAUUUUUUUUUAAAUCCUCAAAUCAUUUAAAACUCAAUUUGUGCUCCAUCGAGUAAAUAAGUUGGAACUGUUUUGUAAAUAAGUAGUUUUUUUGUGCGUAUGUAAUAACAUGUGAACUGGCUGGUCACAUAUUCCAAAAUAAUAUUCACACAACAAGCUUUACUGUUUAAUUGUCAACGUGUGUGUAUUCUAGAGGUCGUUGACUUAGAGUUCUUGAUUUGUAUUGAUGCAUAGACGAGCAUCUGGCGUUGUUUAUAGAAACACUGGAAAAGAAAACUUCAAACAAAAAAACCUGUGAUAUCCUUUUUGCAAUUGUACCAAAAGUGGCUUACUAUUGAAGGCUGGUAGCUUUUUCUAGUGACUAGGCGCGUACUGUGUGGGGUAGCGCGUGACGUGAUGUGUAUAAGUGACAGUUGGCAGUGUUGUUCACUGUAUAGAUGUCAUGCUGUGGUAUUUUCUAUAGGAAUCUGUAAUAGAGAUAAUAUAGCUGGUGUAAACAUCAUCUAUUGUCUUCAUCCAUAUUGGCAUCUGUGAUAUGUCUUCCACUAGCUGUGAUUCACAAAUGUUUUUGUCAUUGCGACGUUAUUACUGUCGAUGUUAUUACUGUCGACCGAGCAGGCAUAGGGGUAAAAUAAGGCCCUUGGUUCAUUUUGAAUCCCAGUUAAGUGGCCCUCCUCCCCUCUCUUUGGUUUCAAUUCCAGGGGAACAUCACCUCUGAUUUAGAUUCAACUGUUAUUGUCUUAUCCAUUUACCAAAGGGGACAACUUGCAAUUAGCGAAGGGAUAAUAGCCUCACAAUUUACUUUUUCAAAGACUAAGCAAAAUCAAAAUCUUUGACACUCUCUUACCGUAUAGCCAAGCAUUGUAAAAGUUCUCCUUGAAUAAAUAACUUCUUCUCAUUCUAACUAUGAGAAGGGAGGCUCAGCAUGCAGCUUUAUACAGGUGACUAAUAACAGGUCAUCUCCUGACUGUCAGGUUGUGUUCAUGGUUUUUGUGAGGGUAAAAAUGCACUGAUCUCCAGCUUGUUCUGCUCAGGAGAAAACAAGUUUGCCCUAAAAAUAAACCAUUGCAGCUCUGAGAAGAAGCUGUUAGGGAUGGCACUUGUGUUGAUAGUCGCUCAUUUACAAUUUUUCUAAAAGGACUUUUUGUUCAGACACCAAAUGAAGAUCUGGAAGAUCAAGCUGCUGCCAGUAAUGCUGCUUACGUGCCAAGUGUCACCACUGUCUUCUGACCCUGUAAGAGGGAUUUAUCAGUAAGCAGUUUUACCUUUAAAAGGUGAUAGUAUCUAUGUAAUGACAUGGGAUAUGUUCGGUAUUUCACAACUUCAUGUUAGAUGGUUCCUUGCCCUGAAUAUAUCUAUAUGAGCCUGGAGAAACUGUAUUCCAUGGCUCUAAUUUCUUUAAACAGCCAAUAUAAACUUCAUCUAACUUUAUCCUCUGCCAGCUAAAAAUCAUUGGGAGUGAUGGGGGCAACUGUUCAAAAAGUGUUGCCAGAACACCUUUUAAGUAAUGUAAAAACCAAUCAUCACAGUUUCUCCUGGCUCAUAGACUUGUAUCAGGGUAAGGAUGCCACGAGCAUUAAGUUGUGAAUUACUGAACGUAACCUUUUAGAACAGAGCAGCUGAGAGGAAAAGGUUAGGAAGCACAGAUCUGAAUAUGUCCAAAUCAUCCAGGACCCAGACUGUUAGCCUAUAGCUAGAAUAGUCCAGGAAGGUGGAAGGAACCCACAGCACUUGAAGUUGUAUGGUAGGUAGACCUGAACAGGAGGAACCCACAGCACUUGAAGUUGUAUGGUAGGUAGACCUGAACAGGAGGAACCCACAGCACUUGAAGUUGUAUGGUAGGUAGACCUGAACAGGAGGAACCCACAGCACUUGAAGUUGUAUGGUAGGUAGACCUGAACAGGAGGAACCCACAGCACUUGAAGUUGUAUGGUAGGUAGACCUGAACAGGAGGAACCCACAGCACUUGAAGUUGUAUGGUAGGUAGACCUGAACAGGAGGAACCCACAGCACUUGAAGUUGUAUGGUAGGUAGACCUGAACAGGAGGAACCCACAGCACUUGAAGUUGUAUGGUAGGUAGACUUGAACAGGAGAGAAUAGGUCUGCACUCCAGUGUGUAAUAUGCUAUUCCCCACACCUCUGAGCUCACAUCAGAUCAGCGGGCAUCUGAAAUGGACACUUCCCUGCAUUGCCAAAAGCAGUGCACUAUAUAUGGAAUAGGGUGCCAUCAGACACAGCCCUAGUAUAUAGUGUAUGUACGCUAAAACAUCCUCACUAUGUCUUCUGAACACACUUAGAUAUUUCCAUUGACUAGAAGAUAAUCCAUGGAUAUAUAUGACUCUUGACAUUCCCCAGUUUGGGUGUUGUCGUUCUUGUUGCUGUGGCAGUCUUGUGGAGUGAACCUUAAUGUGUCUUCACAAUGUUAAAAAGGCAUCCUGACCUAUGACCUUUCUCGCAUAUGUACAGUGAGCACCAUAAUUCAUUGGACAGUGACAUUUUUGUUGUUUGUUAUUUUGGUUCUGUACUCCGGCACUUUGAGUUUGAAAGGAUACGAUGACAAUGAGGGUGAAGUGCAGACUGUCAGCUUUAAUUUGUGGGCAUUUUCAUAUAUAUCGGAUGAACCGUUUAGAAAUUAUAGAAGCUUUUGUACAUAGUUCCCCCCCAUUUUCAGGCAUCAAAAAACAUUGGACUGUUUAACAUGAUUUAGAAUAAAGUAAUCAUUGUUAAUAUUUGGUUGCAUAUCCUUUGCAUGCAAUGACUGCUUGAAGACUGCGAUGCAUCGACAUCCCC